CCGUCGGAUCACGCGCGCCCCGCCGGCCCGGGCCGGGCCAGCCAAUGGGCUGGCGGCGCCCGCAUGACCCGCGCCGGCGGGAGGGCGUGGGGAGGCAGGCCGGGCGCGCACGCUGCCGGGCUGUACCGCCAUCCCCGCUGCCGCCCGCACGGGAAGUGAGCCGCCGGGAGGGUCCUGCGGCCGCCCGCACCCGGGGCGAAGCAUGGCGGCCGCCAAGGUCGUUUUAACCAAGAGAGCAGAUCCAGCUGAGCUUAGAACAAUAUUUUUGAAGUAUGCAAGCAUUGAAAAAAAUGGUGAGUUUUUCAUGUCUCCCAAUGACUUCGUCACUCGAUAUUUGAACAUUUUUGGAGAAAGCCAGCCUAAUCCAAAGACUGUGGAGCUUUUAAGUGGUGUAGUGGAUCAGACCAAAGAUGGAUUAAUAUCCUUUCAAGAGUUCGUAGCAUUUGAAUCUGUCCUGUGUGCCCCAGAUGCUUUGUUCAUGGUGGCCUUUCAACUCUUUGACAAAACUGGCAAAGGAGAAGUUACUUUUGAGGACGUUAAGCAAGUUUUUGGACAGACCACAAUUCAUCAACGUAUUCCAUUUAACUGGGAUUCAGAAUUUGUGCAACUACAUUUUGGAAAAGAAAGAAAAAGACACCUGACAUAUGCAGAAUUCACUCAGUUUUUACUGGAAAUACAAUUGGAGCAUGCAAAGCAAGCCUUUGUGCAAAGGGACAAUGCCAGGACCGGAAAAGUUACAGCCAUUGACUUCCGAGACAUCAUGGUCACCAUCCGCCCCCAUGUCUUGACUCCUUUUGUAGAAGAAUGUCUAGUAGCUGCUGCUGGAGGUACUACAUCCCAUCAAGUUAGCUUCUCCUAUUUUAAUGGAUUUAAUUCACUCCUUAACAACAUGGAACUCAUUAGAAAGAUCUACAGCACUCUGGCUGGCAACAGGAAAGAUGUAGAGGUGACUAAGGGGGAGUUUGUUCUGGCAGCUCAGAAAUUUGGUCAGGUUACACCCAUGGAAGUUGACAUCUUGUUUCAGUUAGCAGAUUUAUAUGAGCCACGGGGACGUAUGACCUUAGCAGACAUUGAACGAAUUGCUCCACUGGAAGAGGGAACUCUGCCCUUCAACUUGGCUGAGGCCCAGAAGCAGAAGAAGGCCUCAGUGGACUCCUCCCGACCGGUUCUCCUGCAGGUUGCGGAGUCGGCCUACAGGUUUGGGCUGGGUUCCAUUGCUGGAGCUGUUGGAGCCACUGCUGUGUAUCCUAUCGAUCUCGUAAAAACUCGGAUGCAGAACCAACGAUCAACGGGCUCUUUUGUGGGAGAACUUAUGUAUAAAAACAGCUUUGACUGUUUUAAGAAGGUGCUACGCUACGAAGGCUUCUUUGGACUGUACAGAGGUCUGUUGCCACAGUUACUGGGAGUUGCCCCAGAGAAGGCCAUAAAACUUACAGUGAAUGAUUUUGUGAGGGAUAAAUUUAUGAGCAAAGAUGGUUCGGUCCCACUUGCAGCAGAAAUUCUUGCUGGCGGCUGUGCAGGAGGCUCCCAGGUGAUUUUCACGAAUCCUUUGGAAAUCGUCAAGAUCCGUUUGCAAGUGGCUGGAGAGAUCACCACUGGUCCCCGAGUCAGUGCCCUGUCUGUCGUAAGGGACCUGGGGUUCUUUGGGAUCUACAAGGGCGCCAAAGCAUGCUUUCUGCGGGACAUUCCUUUCUCGGCCAUCUACUUCCCGUGCUAUGCUCAUGUGAAGGCUUCCUUUGCAAGUGAAGGUGGGCAGGUUAGCCCCGGAAGCCUGCUCUUGGCCGGUGCCAUAGCUGGUAUGCCCGCGGCAUCCUUAGUGACCCCUGCCGAUGUUAUCAAGACGCGAUUACAAGUGGCCGCCCGGGCUGGCCAAACCACUUACAGCGGAGUGAUGGACUGCUUCAGGAAAAUACUGCGGGAAGAAGGCCCCAAAGCCCUGUGGAAAGGAGCUGGUGCUCGUGUGUUUCGAUCCUCCCCCCAGUUUGGUGUAACUUUGCUGACAUAUGAAUUGCUACAGCGAUGGUUCUACGUUGACUUUGGAGGCGUGAAACCCAUGGGAUCAGAGCCAGUUCCUAAAUCCAGGAUCAUACUGCCUGCUCCCAAUCCUGAUCACGUUGGAGGCUACAGACUGGCAGUUGCGACAUUUGCAGGGAUUGAAAACAAAUUUGGACUUUACCUACCUCUCUUCAAGCCGCCGGCUUCUACCUCAGCGGUGAUCAGCGCAGGCCCAUAGGAGGAGUCCGCUGGGGGUGGAGAGUGCCUUGUCUCCCAUGGAAACAGUGUUCCUCCUUUCACUUCCAUCUCUUGUUUAAAUUCAAGUGGAGGCUUUUUAUAAGGUGAAAUCAUUCAUUUUCUGUGUGUUUUCUUAACCGGAUCAUUGUGAAAUUAUUCAUAAUUAUUCUUUGGGCCUCUGCUCACGAACCUGUGUGUGUAUCUGACAUUUACUGGGAUUUGGUCAACACUAACAUGUUUGGGGAAAGGAACAAGUCUGAAUUGAAGUUAGAGCUACUCUCCUUGGAUUAGGAUUAUAGUCCCAAAGAGAUUACUGAAAGGCAAUCAUGGUGCUCAGAGCAAAGUGUUUCAUACAUGUUUCAACUGGUAGGAAGCUGGGUGCAUAUUUAUCACUAUAAGAAACACUGGAAGAAAUGAAAAAAAUGAUCAGAAAUAGCCAGCCUGGCUUCAGAUUUUAAACAUGUACUAAUUCUCUUUCUGGAUUAUAUUAUGAAGCUUUUAUAUGAAAACCUUUUUUUUUUUUUUUUUUUUUGGCAAUGAAAACCACAUUGAGGAUGUUUCAUAAUCAUACUGUUAGUGGUACCAAGACUCUUAGAGAGAAGUCCUUGUAUUUUCAGGAAGUACUUUAGGUAUUAUAUCCCGUAGACAGAGAACCUGGGAGCUGCAGCACCUCUCCGGGAUGUGCUAAUUUUGGAUCACGGCUCAUCUGAUGACACGUGCUGGUCACUGCCUGUUACAGCAGAUGCUGUGGGACCACAUGCCCCCAGCACUGGCGCCUGCCUCCGUGCCCUCCCGGCCCUCCCGUCGUCGGCAUCUAUCGCUUUUAAAGUCCCAUUCAUUUUGAAUCAUGUGAGACAAAUAUAUUCUGAUACACAUUUUUAUUUAAUUUGUGGUGCCUUGCAUAAUGGUCAGAAGGCUCAAGUGUUUGUGAAGGAGGAAAUAAACUAUUUUUAAAGCUA